AUGUCCGAAUUCUCCGGCUCGUUUUCUGACUUAUAUAGUAGACUAGAAUAUCAGAAAACGAGCCGGAGAAUUCGGACAUUUCAUGCCGGAUAUGAGCCUAUUUCUCCAGAGAAACAUAUUAUAAGUUUUCUUUGGUAUGUUGGACAUGAAAGCGCUGGCUAUCGAGAUGUGGCCGAUAGAUUUGGAAUUACUAUAAGUGCGUUGUACAAUGUUAUAUCUCGAGUCACAAAUUUUUUACUGUCUCUUGCACCAAAUAUCAUCAGAUUUCCUACAUUGCAAGAGAGAGAGACCACUAAACAAUUUUUUCUUCAACACAAAAAAUUUCCUGGAGUAAUAGGUGCCAUAGAUGGAUCGCACAUUAGAAUAGAUAAACCAAUAGAAGAUAAAGAUUCAUACAUAAAUAGGAAGCACUUUUUUUCUAUUCAAUUACAAGGCAUUGUUGAUCACGAACAAAAGUUUAUGAAUGUCUUUAUUGGUUACCCUGGAUCGGUUCAUGAUGCAAGAGUUUUUAGGGAAUCACCGGUGUACAAUAGCCUGAAUCAACUUUGUGGAGAAGAUGGAUACUUACUUGGAGACAGUGCGUAUCCUUGUUUACAACGGCUGAUUGUUCCGUAUAGAGAUACUGGACAUUUGACACGAGCUCAAAUAAAUUUUAACCUAAGAUUGAGCUCAUGUCGAGUCAUCAUUGAAAAUACAUUUGGUAAUCUAAAACAGCGCUUUCGUCAAUUAUACCAUUUUAAGUUGCGAGACAUUGUUCGAAUGAUUCAGGUUGUGCAUGCGUGUUGUGUUCUGCACAAUCUGGCGAAUGCUAACGAUCUGCAGUUAUUUGAACCACCUCUCNAUGAAAAUCAACCAGAUCCUGAUGCUGUAAAUGCAUUGAUCAACAUGGCUGAAGAUGCUAAUGCAAUACCACAAGAUAAUCAACAGGGACAAGACCUUAGAGAUGAAAUAUGUAGACAGCUAGCUGCGCAACUACAAUAAAUAAUCCAAUAACAAGAUAUUCCAACUAAAUAAGAUGUAAUUUACGAUAUAUAUUUAUAUAUAUGUUUGUAUUAUAAGUAUAUUUGUAUAUGUUAUAUUUAUUUUA